AUACUAGAUAUAAAAUAAAAAGAAAAGUAAAUGAAAAAAAAAUAAUGGACAAGAAAAAAAAAGAAACAGAAACAAAAUCAAAAACAAAAUGCAUAAUAAAUUCAUAUUGAGACAUUUGAUUCAUUUGUAAUGUUUUACAUACAAACUAGAGCCCUAUAAAUAACAAGUCUUUUUGUUGAGAUCAAGCUCAUCAUUUUAUAAAAUAUAACUCUUUAUCUCCAUUAUUUUACCUUACUUAUCUUUAACCAUUAAUAAUAAUGUUCAACUCAUCUGUAAACAAUAAGCGUCAUAGAACUUUACAAGAAAGACUAGGAGGCCAAGCAAGCAGCAUCAAUAGAACAAACGCUGUACAAAUUAGUGUUCCUUCAAGAAAUAAUAGGGACACUGCCACCAUGAGCUCUAACAAUAUCAAUAAUACUUUGGUUGAGCAACUGAAGCAAGAUAAUGCUAAUCUUUCUAAUCGAUUAGCCAAUUGUAAGCAACAAAUUGGUCAACUUACUUCACAAUUGCAAAUAGUAUGUAAUACUUUAGAGCAAUUGCAACAGGAGCCAGCAUCUUCUUCUGUAUUAACAAAGAAUUCGAUUGAUCACAGAAAAGACAUUAAGGCAAUUGGGGUAAAUUUAGUAUAUAUAUCAAUAAAUAAUAUUUACUGAUUGAUCUAUUGAUUCAUAAUAGAAAUUGAUAAGAAGUCGUUUAG